AUGCUCAUCGCAUUGAUUUCGAAGAAUAAAGAACGCUUCAUCGAUGGCACUCUUCCAAAACCUCCAAUUUCUGAUGUUCUUUAUGCUCCUUGGAUUCGUCGCAAUACCAUGGUGUUAGCUUGGAUUCACAAAUCUAUUUCAGAAUCCAUUGCAAAGUUUGUGCUAUGGAUUGACAAUGCAGAAGAUCUGUAUAAGUUUCGUCAAGGUAAUCUUGAUGUAUCCAACUAUUUCACUCAGAUGAAAGUUAUGUGGGAUGAAUUAGAAACGUAUAGACCUAUUACUGCUUGUUCUUAUGCAAUACCGUUUUCAUGUGGUGCCCUUACAUCAUUUCACAAAUAUAGAGAACAUGAUUACGUCAUACGUUUUCUCAAGGGAUUGAAUGAAAAGUUCACUCAAUCCAAGUCCCAAAUCAUGAUGAUGAUUCCUUUACCGGAUAUUGAUAAGACAUUUUCUCUUGUUAUUCAACAAGAAUGCGAACUCAAUCAUUCACAAUCUACAGUUUCUAGCUCUGAAGAUGCCUCAGCUUUCCAUUUUAACACUUCCUUUGGCAGUAAUUCUGGAAAAUCUGGGAACAACUAUUCUAAAGGGAAGAUUACUGGAUAUGAUGGAUCAAAGGGGCAUAGUUGCGUCUGCACACAUUGUGGAAGAACCAAUCACACGAUUGAAACUUGUUUUCUCAAACAUGGAUACCCACCUGGGUUUAAAGGUAAAGGAAAACCCACAAAUUCUAUUCCACAUUCUCAAACAGUGGCAUCUAUUGAAACAAGACAUAAUUCUAGCCAGCAGCAUUAA